AGGGUUCUGUGGUUGUCUUCUGCUUUUUGACAUUUUGUACAACAACCAUAGAAAAUUUGAAUGAUUAGUGAAUUUUUGGUUGAUGCAAAAUAACGUUUGUCUCCUAUAAAUUAAUUUCUUAAAGUCAAUAAGAAAUCAUGAGUUCAAUAGGCACUGGUUAUGAUCUUUCUGCCUCCCAAUUUUCGCCGGAUGGUCGAGUUUUUCAAGUGGAAUAUGCAAUGAAAGCUGUUGAAAACAGCGGAACAGUAAUAGGUCUAAAAGGCACUGAUGGCAUUGUAUUGGCCGCAGAAAAACUAGUUACAUCGAAGUUGCAUGAACCAGGAACAAAUAAAAGAAUUUUUAAUAUUGACAGUCAUAUUGGGAUGUGCUUCUCUGGUUUGAUAGCUGAUGCAAGACAACUCGUGGAUAUUGCUAGAAAAGAAGCUGCUAAUUAUAGGUCUCAAUAUGGAGUGAGCAUUCCACUCAAAUAUCUAAAUGACAGAGUUAGCAUGUAUAUGCAUGCUUAUACAUUGUACAGUGCAAUCAGACCUUAUGGUUGUAGUGUUAUUCUAGCAAGUUACGAGGAUAAUCAACCUAUUAUGUAUUCAAUUGAUCCAUCUGGAGUUAGCUAUGGCUAUAAUGGAUGUGCUACAGGAAAGGCAAAGCAGUCGGCAAAGACAGAAAUUGAAAAGUUGAAAUUGGGAGAAUUGAGCUGCAAAGAAUUAGUAAGAGAAGCUGCCAAAAUAAUUUACCAAGUUCAUGAUGAAUUGAAAGAUAAAAAUUUCGAACUAGAACUAUCUUGGGUUGGAAAAGAUAGCAAUGGAAAACAUGAAAGAGUUCCCAGCCACAUAUUAGCAGAUGCUGAAAAAGCUGCAAAACAAGCAAUGGAAGCAGAUUCAGACUCUGAUACAGAGGAUUUGUAGAUUUUAAUUUGGUUAUUUAAGUUCCCUUAAGAAUAAACUAAUAUUUUGAAACA